UUUUGUCUUUAAUAUUUGUCGUUUUAAGUCCAUAAUUUUAAUUGAAAAAAGUAGUGAAAAAGAGAAAAUAUAAAAGAAAUAAUAUAAAAAAAUUUAAGAAAUAAAUCAAUUUUUAUAUUCUUUUUUUUUUUUUAAAUAAAAAAGCAAAAUAUUUUUUUUUAGAAACUUGAAAUGAAAGUAUAAUAAAAAGGGAUACAAUAAAAUAGGCGAAAAUAUUUUUUUUUGAAAUUGGUACUGAGAUUUAAUCCAGCAAGAUGAAGUUAAGUUUAUGCUUUGUGUGCAUUUGCAUAAUGCAGCUAACGAACGGUGCUCCAGCAGAAUCAUCUCUUAAUGAUGAAGAAAAAGAAGCUUUACAACUUAUUAAUGAUUUAAAUGAAGAAAUGAAUAGCCUUAGUAAUCGAAAUUAUGUAGCAGAAUGGGCUUUUGCAUCAAAUAUAACUGAUGAAAAUGAAAAACAUAAAAAUGAAGUUCAAGCAGAAACUGCUAAACAAACCCGUGAACUUGUUAAAAAAUUACAAAAAUUUAAUUGGAGAGAAUUUAAAAAUGAAGAUUUAAAACGCCAAUAUAAAUUAUCAACAAAAUUGGGUUAUGCUAUUUUAGAUGAUGAUGAUUUUAAAGAUCUAUUAGAAAAUUUAUCAAAAAUGGAAACAAAUUAUGCUAAAGUAAAAAUUUGCGCUCAUUUAAAUCGAACGAAAUGUGAUUUAUCAUUAGAGCCACAUAUUCAAACUAUUAUAGUUAGAAGUCGUGAUCCAGAAGAAUUAAAAUAUACAUGGACACAAUGGUAUGAUGCUGCUGGAAAGCCUGUACGUAAAAAUUUUGAAAAAUAUAUUGAAUUGAAAACGAAAGCUGCCAAAUUAAGUAAUUAUACAUCUGGUGCUGAAGAAUGGUUAGACGAAUAUGAAGAUGAGACAUUUGAAAAGCAAGUUGAAGAUGUUUUAACAGAUUUGAAACCAUUUUAUGAACAACUUCAUGGUUAUGUACGUUGGCGUUUACGACAAAAAUACGGUGAUUUACAUGUAUCAGAGAAAGGACCAAUUCCGAUACAUCUUUUGGGAAAUAUAUGGGGUCAAACCUGGGGUGAAAUUGCAAAUUUAGUAGCACCAUUCCCAAAUAAACCAAUGGUAAAUGUUAAUGCUGAAAUGAAAGCACAAGGAAUAACACCAUUGAAAAUGUUUCAAAUGGGUGAUGAAUUCUUUCAAUCAAUAAAUAUGACAAAAUUACCAAAAUCAUUUUGGGAGAAUAGUAUAUUAGAAAAACCAAAAGAUGGUAGGGAAUUAGUAUGUCAUGCUAGUGCAUGGGAUUUCUACUCUCAAGAUGAUGUUCGCAUUAAACAAUGUACAGAAGUAACACAAGAACAAUUAUCUGUUGUACAUCAUGAAUUAGGUCAUAUUCAAUAUUUCUUACAAUAUCAACAUUUACCACAUGUUUAUAGAAGCGGUGCAAAUCCCGGUUUUCAUGAAGCUGUUGGUGAUGUUUUAGCAUUAUCUGUCAGUACACCAAAACAUUUAGAAAAAAUUGGUUUACUAAAAGAUUAUAAACCAGAUGAAGAAGCACGUAUCAAUCAAUUGUUUUUAACUGCGUUAGACAAAGUUGCUUUUCUACCAUUCGCAUACACAAUGGAUAAAUACCGUUGGCAAAUAUUACGUGGUGAAUUAAAACCAGAAGAAUGGAAUUGUGGUUUUUGGAAAUUACGUGACCAAUAUUCUGGUCUUGAACCACCAGUCAAAAGAACUGAAGAUGAUUUUGACGCACCAGCUAAAUAUCAUAUAUCAGCUGAUGUUGAAUAUUUAAGGUAUUUUGUUUCAUUCAUAAUACAAUUUCAAUUUUAUAAGGCUGCUUGUGUUAAGUCUGGUCAAUAUGAACCUGGUAACCCAGAAUUACCACUAGAUAACUGUGAUUUUUAUGGAAGUCCUGAGGCUGGAAAUGCUUUUAAGGAAAUGUUAUCUUUGGGAGCGUCAAAGCCAUGGCCUGAUGCAAUGGAAGUUUUUACUGGAGAGAGAAAAAUGUCUGGUGCUGCCCUUCGUGAAUACUUUGAGCCAUUAAUGAAUUGGCUUAAAGCUGAAAAUGAAAAGAAUAAAGUCCAUAUUGGAUGGGAAAAAUCUGAUAAAUGUGGGUGAUUUUUAAGUUUUUUAUAAAAAAAAACAAUUAUGAAUAAUAUUUUAUUAUUAUUUAUUUUAAGUUUAAAAUUCCAACAACUAUGUUAGUGUUUAAUUUAAUUUUAACUAAAAAUUAGCGUGUAAAUAAAUUCAUUGUUAUACUAUUCGCUUUUAAUAAAUAGAAACAGAAACUCAGUUAAACUUAAAACUAAAUAAAAAUAUUUUUAUUUUAACAUAA